AUGAGAAGUUACCUAAAUGGACUUAUUAUUGAUCAUAUUUCUCUGUCGUUAAUUAUCAAUUUUGUCACUGUUUAUCUUGCAUUUGAUUUUGCAAUAAAUAAUGCUAUGUCAAAUAAAGUUUCUUCCAACAAACGUUCUCAUCUUGAACAUGAUCAUCAAAAUGAACAUAAUCAUCCACAUGAUGAUAUUAAAACGACAAAAAAACGUUCCACAUUGUCAUCAAUAUUAUCUCAUAAAAAAAAAUCUAAUCGAACAAUAAUACACCAUAAUGAAAAUGAACAUCAUAAUAUUAAUAAUGAACGUCAGGCACGUAAUCUUAAACGAAAAACCUUAUCACCAACACUUCAUGCUAAACCUGGAAAUUUUCAUAAAAGUAGAACAGGUGUUAAAGUGAACAAACCACGAAAAAUUGUUAAAGAAGAACGAAAGCGUUUGUCAACAACAACUGCGGCAGUUCGACAUAAAGAUAAACAUUAG